AUGAGUGCACUUUUAUCUGCAGAAGAUUUGAAUGAUUUCAUUAGUCCCAGUAUGGCAUGUAUUAAACCCACUGAAGUGAAUAAAGAGAAUGACAACGUCGAUGCGAACGGCGAUUUGCAAGUUGGUAAAGAGAGCGAGCUGGAGAAGGUGUCCAUCACGUUGCAGGACUGCCUGGCGUGCGUGGGAUGCAUCACUUCCAGUGAAGAGAUCCUGUUGAGCAGGCAGAGUUACAGCGUGUUCUUGGAGAACUACAAGAACGAUGGAGGGCAGUUGGUGAUUAGCAUCUCCCCUCAAUCACGGUUGUCCAUGGCGAAUCAUUUUGGGCUGAGCGUGAUGGAGUUCGACAUACGGAUGUGCCAGGUGGUACGGGAGAAGUUUGCUUGUAAAUAUGUCGUUGGCACGCAGAUUGGACGUGAGAUAUCGAUACGAGAGACGAACCGCGAGGUGCGGGAAGCCGUGCGCGCCGGGACGUCUUCUUCAUCGCAGGUUUCGGGUCCCCGACUGUGUUCCGUGUGCCCUGGGUUUGUGCUAUACUGUGAGAAGAGCAAGCCGGAGCUUGUGCCGUACCUUGUGGACAUCAAGUCCCCGCAACAACUCACGGGGCAGAUAAUAAAGAACACCGUUGGUGGGAAGGUGUACCACUUAAGUGUGAUGCCCUGUUUCGACAAGAAGCUGGAGGCCUCGAGGCAAGACAGCGAGGGGGAGGUCGACUGCGUCAUCACCCCCAAGGAGUUUGUGAAGAUGCUGGAGGAACUAGAUUGCGACAUGGGAAGCAACCCGGCGACGCCCGCGACGCCGACGUUUGGGCUGGACAGGGCCAUCCUGGACGAGAUGUCCAUGCCCGGCUACCCCUGGGACGCGACCAUGUCUGUGAACGCGGGAUCGUCGUCCGGGGGGUUUGCGUACCAGUACGUGCUGGAAUCGCAAGCGCGCCACCAGGCGAUGGGCACGCGAUGCGCGGUGCUGUCGACGGCGGGCAAGAACCACGACCUGCUGGAGCACCGGCUGGUGGACCUGGGGAGCGGAGCGACCCUUGCCAGCAGCAGCGAAGUGUACGGGUUCCGCAACAUCCAGAACAUGGUGAGGCGGCUGACGCAGGCCGCCCGGCCGCGGACGCUGCGUCUGCGGGCCCGCCAGCGGGCCAAGCAGUCCCCAGACAGCGACCCCGCGCUGCCCGCGCCGCCCGCUGCCGCCGAUCCCUACGGGGCAGAGUUCAUCGAGGUGAUGGCGUGCCCAAAGGGAUGCAUCAACGGCGGCGGGCUGCUAGACAGCAACAACACCAAGAAGAUGAACGCACAACUCAUCGAGCACCUCAACCAGCGCUACCACGAAGAGCUGCUCCAGCGCCCACUGCCCCAACACGCUGGUGUCGUUGACGCUGCUACCGCCGCCGCCGUUGCCGCCAGCCACCGCUACACGUUCCACCCCAUUGAAAAGCACGACGACGGGCCGGGUGAACUCCUGGCGAUGGCCAACUGGUAA